AUGAUGCAGCCUUUGCUUAUCUCUCUCAUAGCGUCGGCAGCGGUAGUCAGCGCGCAAACUUGUGCUCUUCCGUCCAGUUACAAGUGGAACUCAACGAACGCGCUUGCAACCCAGAAAUCCGGCUGGGCCGCGCUCAAAGACUUUACGCACGUUCCAUUUAACGGGCAACAUCUUGUCUAUGCCAGCGACCACGACACGGGCACCAACUAUGGCUCGAUGGGUUUCAGCCUGUUCAGCAGCUGGAGUCAAAUGGCGUCUGCAACCCAGAACAGUAUGAGCUCUGGCUCCGUCGCGCCAACGCUCUUCCUCUUCGCACCGAAAAACAUUUGGAUCCUCGCCCACCAAUGGGGUCCCACAAGCUUCUCUUACCGCACGACAAGCGAUCCGACCAACGUCAACAGUUGGUCGGCCGACCAAACACUCUUCACAGGCACGCUCGGAGGCUCCAGUAACACCGGCGUCAUCGACCAGACCCUCAUUGGCGAUAGCACCAACAUGUACCUCUUCUUCGCGGGCGACAACGGUAGCAUCUACCGUGCGAGUAUGCCUAUCGGCAACUUCCCCGGGAGCUUUGGGUCGUCCUUCACCACGGUCAUGAGCGGUCCGACGAAUGACCUCUUCGAAGCCGUCCAGGUCUACAAACUCAAGGGCCAGACCAAAUAUCUCAUGAUUGUCGAGUCCAUUGGUUCAAAUGGGCGAUAUGUAUUUCCGCUCGUACACGGCGACCAGCCUUGUGGGGCAACAUGGACAAACGACAUCAGCCAUGGCGACUUGAUUCGUUCUACGGCUGACCAAACGUUUGAAGUCGACCCAUGCAACCUCCAGCUGCUGUACCAAGGCCGAUCCCCUUCCUCCGACGGCACUACCUAUGACCUUUUGCCAUAUCGACCAGGUGUCCUCACGCUGACUAAUCCCGGUCCGGCCAGUGGCGGUAGUGGCUCAACGACAUCAACUACAACUACGACCUCGAGUACUGGAGGGAGCACUGGAUGCACAACUCCUAUAUAUGGGCAGUGUGGGGGCGACGGUUUCACGGGUUGCACUGUUUGUGCUGGCAGCACUUGCACUUUCUCAAACCAAUGGUACUCUCAAUGCUUGUAA